GUUGAAAAGACUCAGUCAGUUAUGACUUCGCAUUGCACUUGAAAGCGACAGGUAUCGAAUACACAUUUUAUAUUUAUUCUAUUAUUAUUGUUUGCCAAAACUGCAACCUGGGUAAAUAACUACGUCAUGUCAAGAAGGAAAACCCGAGCAGAAACUUAACAUUUCAAGUAUGAAAGAAUUUCGGUGGAAGAAUUUCAUAUGUUGCGUUGCUAGUGUUACGUGCCUUGUAGCUGUGGUCAUAUUUGUACUGAUAUUUGGAAACCCCAAAAGCGGAGGUGAGUUUAGUUAAUCAUUAAGGGGUGAGAAGCAUUUUUAAUCGGUAUUUAGUACCCGAAACAACUCGCGGGUAUACUAUUCGCUAAAGUGCAUGAUCGGGACACAUGCAAGGGCAUGUAUUUGAAAGAUUUAUUAUAUUUUGUAAUUUCCAAAGGGUCUUGAUAUUAGCAGGCAGGUCAAGAAUUUAAAGAAAGCGACAAAACUUUUAAGUCCGUAAAACAUGUUUCGACAGAUACUUCUGUCAUCUUCAGUUAAUUAAUGUACAAAGCGUUGAAGUUGAAUUAUGUAGUAAGUAGAACAAUGCUAAUUAUGAUAAAUAGUGACAACGAGAAAAGCGGUAAAGCAUGAAAGUGUGAGAAUUAAAAGGAUAGUUUUAGAUUAGUUUUAGAUAGUUUUAGAUUAAAAUUAUCCUUUUAACUCUCACCACUUACUUUAUAAUUCAACUUCCAACGCUUUGUACAUUAAUUAACUGAAGAUGACAGAAGUUUCCGUCGAAACAUGUUUUUCAGACUUAAAAGUUUUGUCGCUUUCUUUAAAUUUUGUAAUUCAUCUCAAAUUUUUGUCGUUUUGGUAUAAACCUUACAUAUAAUGCCUAUUUGGGAGAAGGUUCAUGUAGAUCCUUCUUUAUAUUUCCUAGAGCAACGUCAGGUGAUAGAUUUGAGUUCUCUUUUAUUCUUUACUUACACUACUUAGACCGUGAAAAGCAACGGAAAUGCUUCGCUAAGCAAAUUUUGAUGACUCAAAAAGUUAAACUACAGUCAAUGUAGCUUAAGGUUAUCGCUAUGGUAACUUACUCUAUGUGUUCACAAAGCGACUUUUGAGAUUGAGAUUAACUCGUUUGAUAUGGUCACUUGAGAGGUUUCAACAGUCGUAAUAAUAGUGGUUGAUGGGAUAACUUUUAAUUUCUCCAAAACAGAAAGGCAAAGUUCGAUUAACACUUUUAACUGCAUACGGAAGUCCUUUUGUGAUGUUAAUGCUAGUUGCAGAGUGUAUUCUAAGGAAAGGGAACUUUCACUUGUGUUUGUAAUAAUGGCUUCAAUAAUCCGCCUAGAUCAGAUCGAUAAAAUGAUUUCUCAUAACAUUUUACGUCGUAUGUAAAAUGGGUUGGAUUAUGACGCAAGCAUAUCAGUUUUAGGCCGCUUAUUUGUUUUCGGUUUUAAUCUUGUUAUCAUCAGUUCAUGCACAAAGAGAGCCUAAUCCCCACAUCGAAUAGAACAUAGGGCUUGAAACCACACCGAGGCUCCGGUGUUUGAUCGGGGUUCCAGCGUUUAUUUGCUGUCGAGCCAACAAAAAAUUUACGCACUAUUGAACAGCACUUCUGUGACAGACAGCCGCUUUUACAUCUGUUUUAUAAUUUUUAAAGGAAGUGCACCGGUUUAACAUGGCAGAGAUGAAUGCCAAAGAACGGAAUGAAGAAGAGCUGUUUGCCUAUUUCUUGACAUAAUCUAGGCACAUUCUUUAUAUCUUGAUUUCAUCAUCUAGUAAAAUGACACCGCAAAUUAAUGCAAUGUUUGUACACAAAUCAGGAGCAUUAAACCGAAAUCGGUCGCAGCGUGACAAGGAUCGAAGUCACCCUCUUUGAGGCUACAUCAAAACUUUUACAGCACACAGCGUGACAUUAUUUAAUGAACAGGUUAAUUCUUUCAAUAACCAAUGAGAGAUUAAUACGUAUAGCAUUAGAGGGUUCCCCGGCAGAUUUCUGAGAAACCCAAAUAGCUCAAAUAUACUGAGGUUGCAAUUGACAUUUGGAUAGCGACAUUCGUAUGUUCGACUCCUUUUUGAAUAUUCCUUAGAGAUAAUAAUACCAUGUAUUAGCAAACUACUGAGUGCGAUAGAAAAGAAACAUCAAGGGAAAGAAUCGAAGCAUGGAGUACUCUUCUUAACGGCCACAAACGGAUCGAUCAAGUCGAAUUGGAAGGCAGGACUUCUAAUUCUGUUCAUCGUGGCUACCUUUUUUGGUCUAAUAUUUGCACUGACAUCACUAACUAAAAAAUCUCUCAAAACCGGAGGUGAGUAUCGGAAAUUAUUUCUUUGUCGCUGGGUAAAGGAUUGAAUUCAGCAGAGCAAUAUAUAGCCAUCACAUACAUGUUUUUGCUAGUGCUUAAUAUGAAUCCCUGAAAAUUUAACUGUUGGCGUGAGAGUUGCUCAACAUUCUUACAAAAAUUAACUAGCUAAUUCACCGAUACUUUGUUUCAGCAAUGUCCUUUCAUCUAAUCUUUGUCUAAGUCGAAGCCUAAUUCUUAAAGAUACGAACAGAACAGCGAUGGAUAUCAGCAGUUUAAGCUUAUUCUCGACUGUGAACUUGAGAACAAGAAAAGGCUUCGAUAAGCGAUUUGAACGUACUGAUGUUGUCUCGUACGAAAGCUUUUGUCUCUUGGUUUGAUCUGCUUAAUAAUUAACGUUGUGUCUCCAACAAAUUCGCCGAAAUAAUAAUAAUGAUAUAAUGAGAAAUUACCAGCCAUCUAGAAUAAAGAUUUUGAUCCGUCUCGUCUCUCCUCAACAGAUGCACCAGCACCAGCAACGAGUUUUAACUGCCGUCAGAAGCCAUUUUGUGAUGAAAACGCCACUUGCAAAACAAAUCCAAAAGAUAAGUUUCAUUUUAAUUGCGUUUGUAAUAAUGGCUUCCAAGGAGAUGGAUUCUCGUGUAAGGACGUUGAUGAAUGUGAAAGAAAUCCUGCCACAUGCAGUCAGCAUGCACUUUGUAUAAAUUCCAUCGGCUCGUACGAUUGCAGCUGUUUGACCGGAUUCCUCGGCAACGGUUACUCCUGCGAGGAUAUCGAUGAAUGUCAGAGCAAAAUGCACGGCUGUAGCGACCAUGCAGUGUGUGACAACACCGUAGGCUCCUACGAGUGCAGAUGUUUUGAUGGAUUUACGGGCAACGGACGGUCGUGUUACGACAUUAAUGAAUGCAAUACUAAUGUUCACAACUGUAGUGUUCAUGCAUCCUGCAAUGACACUGUCGGCUCCUACAUGUGCAGUUGUUUGGAGGGAUUCCAAGGCGAUGGACGGUCUUGUCAUGAUAUCAACGAAUGCAAGACUAACACACAUGCUUGUAGUGUUCAUGCAUCCUGCAAUAACUCUGUUGGCUCCUACAUUUGCAACUGUCUGGGAGGAUUCCAAGGCGAUGGACGGUCUUGUCAUGAUAUCGACGAAUGCAAGACUAACACACAUGCUUGUAGUGUUUAUGCAUUCUGCAAUAACACCGUCGGUUCCUACAUGUGCAGUUGCCUGAAAGGAUUCCAAGGUGAUGGACGGUCUUGUCAUGAUAUCGAUGAAUGCAAGACUAACACACACGCCUGCAGUGUUUACGCAUUCUGCAAUAACACCGUCGGCUCCUACAUGUGCAGUUGCCUGGAAGGAUUCCAAGGCGAUGGACGGUCUUGUCAGGACAUCGAUGAAUGCAAGACUAUCACACACACUUGCAGUGUUCAUGCAUUCUGCAAUAACACCGUCGGCUCCUACAUGUGCAGUUGCCUGGAAGGAUUCCAAGGCGAUGGACGGUCUUGUCAGGACAUCGAUGAAUGCAAGACUAACACACACACUUGCAGUGUUCAUGCAUCCUGCAAUAACACCGUUGGCUCCUACAUGUGCAGUUGCCUGGAAGGAUUCCAAGGCGAUGGACGGUCUUGUCAGGACAUCGACGAAUGCAAGAUUAACACAUUCGAUUGCAGUGUCUUUGCAUCCUGCAAUAACACUGUCGGCUCUUACAGUUGUAAGUGUCACAAAGGAUUCAUGGGGGAUGGACGAUCCUGUCAUGAUAUUGAUGAGUGCAGCGACGGAAGUCAUCUUUGCAGCCCUCACUCCACGUGUGUAAACAUCCCAGGGUUGCAUAGCUGCAUAUGUAACGACGGGUAUCGUGGAAAUGGACAGUCAUGCAACGGUAAACAUAAAAUUAGCAAGUGAAGCGCUAUAAAUAGGUAGCCUAUGGCCGUCACUAUUAUGACUAUUUUCUAGACACUCCCGGUCCUGUGGUAGGAGCUUGAUAUUUCUAGGGUUUCUGUUCAUUUAAUAUUCUAUCUUUGGAUGAGAGGGAUAAUUAACGUAUUUAAUUCCUUCGCAGAUAUCAACGAGUGCAAGGAAGGGAUGGCUCAAUGUAGUGUGAAAGCAAGUUGCACGAACACACCUGGUUCUUUCAGCUGUAAGUGUAUUGCGGGAUACCAAGGUGACGGGAAAAAUUGCCUCGAUAAAAACGAGUGCAGUAGUGGUCAGUAUUGUGCUAGGGAUGCAGAUUGCAGAAACACCGAUGGCUCUUAUACAUGCAGUUGCAAACCCGGCUUCCAUGGUGAUGGUUUUUCGUGUCGUGAUGUGGAUGAGUGCAGAGAGGGUAUCCAUAGUUGUCACGCAAAAGCUCAGUGCUCGAAUACCUGGGGAUCAUACAGUUGUUCUUGUAGUAAAGGAUACUACGGAAAUGGCAGGCAGUGUAAUGGUAAGCAAGCUGUGCUUCUAAGCUUGUUUUUGCUUCGAAUUUAUCACAACCUUCAGUUAAAGGGCUAUUAUCUUGCAUCAAUAGGUUAACCUUCUGGCGGAGUAUACUGAAUUUGUGAACCAUCAUUUUAUUGUUUAAGGGGUGGCAUGUCCCCCACUUGAGCUGUACCUAUAGCCCUAACAGGGUUACAUCUUUUAAUGCCCCUAUAAAAACCUUCAUUCAUGAGAAAACUAAUUGAAUUUAUUUUGUCUUGUAGCUUCUUCUGAAGGACGGCCCUACCCUCUCAUGGGAAUUUUUCUGUUUGGCACUUUUAUCGCUUUUUUGUUGUAAUUAUUUUGUUCUUAUGCAAAGAAGGAAUAAGUUGAAUAUUUCAACUGGACACUUAUUAAAGCAGAUGCCCGUCGUGGAUAACCGUGAUGUUAGUAAUAUCGUUCCUACGAUCGACAUUGAUGCAUGGAAGCUUCCUUUACAGUUUCCUUCAACACCAUCCCAGAGAGGGUUUUAAUGCAUUGCAGCGCACGGACCUCGAGCACAAUAUCUUGGUCCCUCAAUCCUCUGUUGCUGAAGGUUUCCAAAUAAAAUGACAGGACGGUUAAGGAAGAUUUAAAUAUUCGUUGAAAAUUAAUACAUUUUGUAUAAAAUUAGAACUUUUAGUCCGUAACCUUCCAACUUUGCACCGGUAUCAAUGCUGUUUUAUAAUCAAGUUUAAUAUAAAGAUGUCAGUACACUAACUGAAGCACAUUGAGUCGAUCACUGAUCAAGUUUUGUUUUUUAAUAUACCACGAACUUUACUCCAGAGUUUCUAUCGCCUCGAUUUUCAGUUUAAAUUAGUAUUAUUGUGUUUGACUAUACUUUAGCGAAGUGUUAGAGUUUGACAUUGGAAACAUUGUUUUAUUCAAACGCUUACUUAGUGGGUUCCGUUUCGUUAAUUUAAAUACGUGAUGCCGUUUAAAAUUCUCAACAUCGAAUCCGGCGAUGCAUCCUAAGAACGGUUUCAAAUCAAUCUUACUGCCGUGAGAUGAAGGACCUAAAGCCAAUCCUUUUAAGAGUGGCUGGCGUCGUGGACGGUCGAAGGAAGAGUCGUUUUGCAAAGUGGCACUUUGCAUCGAAAGUUACAACUUAGUGGAGCAGUUUUUACUUCUAGCUCCUGAGUGGGAUACUGUUCUAUGGCAAGUUACUCCUAGCAUUAUAUCACUUUUUCCUCUACGGCAUCAAAUUGGCCUCCUCGGCUGUGAGAGACAUUGGUAGGGUAAAGCUUCUUGCUGAAGCCUGACUUUAUGAUACUCACUUAUCAUCCUCUCCAGAAGCAAAAUAAAAAG